AACCCGACAUGCCGCCAAAAUUUGGAAGCCUGGAUGCCCUCCGUGGGAAGGAUGAGGAGGAAGAUGACGAAGAAGCAGAGGCAUUUGCUGGCGGCAUUGGGCGUGGCGGGGGUGGAAGCGGGCAGAACGUCCUCGAUCCAAGGAAGAUCAUGGAUCGUGCGCGAGACAUCGGCGCAGUUGCAGCUUCAGAGCACGAGUCCGGGAGAUCCCGCGCGUUUGUUGGCUCGGGUUUCUCACUCUCUGGGGAAAGCAAUCAGCCCGUGGUCGUGAACGAGGAUGAGACCAAGAUCAAGCACACGAUCACAUUCUGGAAGGAAGGGUUCACGGUUGACGAUGGUCCGUUGAGGAACUUUGAUGCACCUGAAAACGCAAGUUUCUUGAAUGACAUCAACAAGGGAAGGCUCCCUCAAGAGUUUGCGGGUGAGAAGGGGGCGUACGUCAGUCUGAUAAGUCGACAUGGCGAGAGCCACAAAGAGUCCGCUCCUGCUGCUGCAUCGGCGGCGAGAUCGUUCACUGGACAAGGUCACUCGCUGGGAGGAGCAAGCAGCAGUGCGCAAGCUGCGGCAGCGAAUGCAACGGUCCAACCCCCUUCGGUUUCCAUCAAUGUCAACGACGCCCAGCCUUCUACCACUCUGCAGCUGCGCUUGCACGAUGGAACCAGGCUCACUCAAAGGUUCAACUUGUCUCACACAGUUGAGAAUGUCUAUGAGUUUGUUGCUUCCGCUACUCCGGGAUUAGAAUUUGACCUCAUGGUGUCCUUCCCCGUCAAAAGCUUGAGGAUAGAAGCCAGGCAAAAUUGCAGAAUGCAGCUCUCAUCCAAACUCUACGUUGAAGCCUCUAUCAACUUGCCAUGA